AUGAACUUAUUGCAUCAGCCAAGGAAUAAUAAAAAACGUCUAACAAUUUCAAAAGAAUUGGCUUAGAGAAAAUAGAGCAUUAUUUAACAUGUUUAAUGUAUUUUAAUUGAUUUUUAUAUUGUAGCUGGUGCUCAAUUAGUUAAAUAAGAUUCGUCUUCCAAAUUGAUCAAAUAAGAGAAAUAAGUUCGAAAAAUAUCUAUAGAUUCAUCAUUAUAUUCGCAUUCCUCUUUCUAUGUUCAAAAAAAAAAUUAAAAAGAAAAAGAAUUAGAGGAGUAUGAAGAAUACUAAUUGAAUUCCUCUGAGUAUUCAGAAUAAUCCAUACCUGCAAUUCAAUAUGUUAAUUAGGAAUCCAUAAAAGAGCCUAAUUAGAUAAUUGAAAUCUAUAAUAAUAAGAACCAUAAAUUUAGAGCUGAUUUUGACGAUGACAUUCAAGGUAAUUAAAAGCAUGAAAAACUUUCCAAAUAUCUAGAACUAUUUGCAUUAGAAUAGGACGAUCACCCAGAAAAUGAAGUAGCAUAUUCAAAAAUAGUUAAAAGAUAUGAGAAAUACUAUUUGCGCAAUCCUUUUUAGGAUCCAUUUUAUAUAUAAUUGGUACCAUUAAAAGGAACAAAACGAUUAAUUUUUGAAUUAAAAAAAUAUUAAGAUAACAUAAAAUUUUUAAAAUUUAGAAAAAUUGUUGUUUUUUUGUCACUGAUAUUUCCAAUUUUAGCAAAUGAUAUGAUGAAUACUAGAAUCUAUAAGAUAUUGAUGACAAUAUUGAUUUUGUUUAAUGUCUUUCUAUUUAUUGUAGUAAAGACAGAACAUAGAUAAGAUACUUUUGAGAUAGAACAAGUUGUUACAAUCUUAUUUAUCAUUGAAAUUAUCAUAAGAAUCUUAGUUUCUGGCUUCUUUUUCACUAAAAAUGCCUUUUUUCUCAGGAUGUAGGACAUAUAUGAUUUCACUCUAAUAUUUGCGACUACAAUAAAUCUGUAUUAUCCAGAAAUAUUUAUCAUUGACAUAUCCCCAUUGAGAAUGAUUACACUUCUAUUUUAUUUGGGAGAUAUCUUUGAUGAUUUACAAGUAAUGCUCAAAGCGCUCAAAUAAUCCAUAAAGUUUCUAAUUGAAGCAUUGAUGAUAGUUGGACUCUUUUCUCUUUUCUUUGCAAUAUGUGGUGUAUUCCUAUUUCAAGGUUUGUUUAAUUAUCGAUGUGAAUAUGACAAUGGGGAUGAGACAGAUGGGUGGGUUCAAUGUCAUGAAAAUUCUUGUUAUGAAGAUGGCAUGACUUGCAAAUUUACAUCUGAAACUCCAAAGAUGCCAACCUCAUUUAAUAAUGUGAUAUUUUCAUAUGGUUAGAUUUUAAGAACAAUAACAAUGGAUGAUUGGAGUUGGGUGAUGUUUUUUACAAUGAGAAUAUUUCAUCCAUGGGUGUGGAUCUAUUAUUUGUUGAUCAUAUUUGUCGGUGGCUUUUUUGGAUUCAAUCUAGUUAUCGCUGUUCUUAAAACUCAUUAUGCAGAGGCUGCUGAGGAGAGUGCAAAGAAACAAGAGGAGGAAGAAAUUAAUAAGUUAAUAAAGGACAAUUAAGAACAUCCUGAGAGAGAACUCAUUAAUGUAUUUGAUGUCGCUUUUCUAAGAUACAUUGGAUUCUUUUCGACUAUUCAAAAGUAUAGGGAAUGUUUUUCAAGCAAGAUUAUCAUGACUUCUCAUUUGGAAUCUGAAUCAUAAAUGAAUAAAACCAUUUCUGAAGCUAGAACAUUAUCAGCUGCCUAGAAGAAAUAAAGUGGUCAACAUAAUUUUGAGAAUUAAAGUCUGUUAAAAAAAAUAUAAGAAUUCACUACUAAGAACUUUUUACUCAGAAAGUUUAGAUUGUUAAAAUAUUAGCAAUUAAUCAUCAAUUUAAAGAGCUACUCAGAAGAUCCUUUGGAGUUGGAGAUUCUAUCAAAAUUAUAAAACACUUCAUAUUCCUGUUUGUAGUCAGAAGUGAAUUAUCAAAUGGAAUAAAACUUUUCAAGCUAAAAUGAUGUUUUAUUAAGAUUCAUUUUGAUAGAUUUAGCCUUGUAAGAGGAGAAAAAGUUUAAUCCUGAAAAAAUGAGAAAAAUCAAAUUUAAACAAUAAUAUCCCAAUUGGUCUAAUUAGGUCAAGUUAAUAAAGAAAUAAGCUUAAUAGCAAAAGUAAUUGCAGAGAAGCUAUUUUCCUUCAAAAAAGAAGAAAAAUAAUAAAUGGAAUAUCAAUUUUAAGAAAGAUGAAGAUAAAGAAUAAAAUGAAACAAGUAAAAACACUUAUGAAAUGCUUGAGAAGUCUCCAGAAUAAUAAUAUUAAAAUUUAAAUAUAUAAUAGAAGGCUUCAUUAAAGAAAAAAUCGAAAAAAUUUGCUAAGAUUGUAGAGGGUUAAGUUUUAAUAUUUGUCUAAGGGUAUUACUUAACAUAUGAUGAAAUAAAAGAUAAAGUCAACUUAAAGAUCCCAAUAAUUAAAAAUAAUUUUACUAGUAAUUAAUUUAAAUACAGAAAGUUAAGAGAAAAGGAAUUAUAGGGUGGUAAAAUAAUAAAAAAGAGUAAUUGGUCAGGGAAGGAUGUAUUAAUAUUGAAUACAAAGAAUCUAGAAUAUUUCAAUCUUAUUUUUAUAUAAUUGAAUUAAAGAGAUGUUUUAAUAUGGAUGCAGGGAUUGAAAGGUAAAAUCCUAAACUUAACUAAAUAUACCAAUCUCAUUAUUACAAGCACAACAAGUAGGGUCUGUUUUGAUCUAGUAAUAUUCAUAAAUUUUACAUUCCUUUCACUUUGGAACAUAGCUGAUUCUAACACAAUCCAUUAGGUUGAAAAUGUUUCAACAGUAUUACUUUCAAUUGAAUUAUUGUUAAGAAUAACUUCAAUCAAAAUAAAAGAUUUUACUAGUAAUCCAAAUUACGUGUUUUAAGCAGCAAUAGUAAUCAUUAAUAUAAUUGAAUUGACUAUGAAAGAUUUAAUGAAUGUUUUUGAUGAAUAAAAUUUGAGAUUAAUCAGAGGAACCAAAUGUUUGCUAUUCUAUCGAUGUCUAAAAUAUAAUGCUAUGGCUGUUAGAAUUGGGCAUAUAGCAUCAAUGACAUUUAAAUAAUAUAUUUAUUUGACAUUUCUAAUGUUUUUGGUUAUCUUUAUGUAUGCUUUAGUUGGAAUGGAGAUGUUUGCAGGAGAAUUUGAUUAAACUGACUCAUUAGGUUAAUUACAUUCAUAUGAUAAUAUUUUCAAGGCCUUCAUGACUAUUUUUAAUAUCAUGACCAACGAUGAUUGGUAUGGAGUAUAUGUGAUGGGAGGGGAAUUAAAUUACACCUUUGCGGUAAUCUAUUCAUACUCUAUGGUCAUUAUAUUGAAUUAUUUGACUUAUGGUCUAUUUAUGGCUGUUUUACUAGAUGGAUUUGGAAAGUAUUUGAAUGUAUCAACUGAGAAUGCACCUUUAUUCAAUAAUGAAUAGCAUGCUGAAAUCACGCAGAAUUCUAAUGAGGAAUUGGAGAAACAAGUAUAAUAAACCAUUCUAAGUCCAAUUGGAUCUUAAACUCAUAUUAUUUUAGAGAAUAACUAAGCAAAAUCUAAAGUUGAUUUGAUAACCAAUUUUUUCAAAUCCAUCAAAUAGUUGAAUAAAGAAUUAUUGAAUAGAACCCCUAAACUAUACACUGGAAUUGAAUGUUAGAGUUCUCUCUAUAUAUUUGAGAAAGAGAAUAUCAUCAGAAUAGCGUGUACAAAGGUUGCCACAGCUAAUGCCUAUGUAUAUUUUAUGGAUCUAGUGUUGUAUGCAUCUCUUAUAACUUUCAUAAUGAAUACCUACUACGAUUACGAGGAGAGUUCAAAUAAUACAUGCAACAUCAUUUAAUUAAUAAUAAACAUAUGGAUGUCCAUUGAUAUUGUAAUAAAUGUAAUAGCCAAGGGAUUGUUUUUGGACAAAGGAUCCUAUUUUAUUUCAGUGUGGCAGAUAUUGGAUAUAAUUUAUAUAAUAUCUCACUUCAUAACAUUUGGAUCUUCGUAAUAUGCACGGAUUUUAGAUUUCUUUUUGUAUUUUGGAUAUCUAAGACCCAUGAAAUUACUAUUUCGUAUUAGUUGGUUGACACAACUAAGAAUAGCACUUGGAUAUUCAUUAGUAGAUAUCACAAAUGUUUUAAUUACUAUGUUGUCUGUUUGGAUCAUGUUUGGUGUGUAUGGGAUAAUUCUUUAUGAGGGCUCGUUUGGUUUUUGUGAUGAUAAAAUGAAUUUUGAGAUUAGUUACGAUUAAUGCAUUAAAGAGAAUAGACAUUGGAUUAAUUAUAAGCAUAAUUUCGAUAAUAUCACAGUUGCUAUUCCAACCCUAUUUGUUACAUCAACACUAGAUGGAUGGGGAGAGAUCUACUAAGUAGCUGAGAAUAGUCAAUUGUCAACUAUAGGACCUUAGCCAUUCAAUAGUUACAUCUAUACGUACUUUUUCUUUAUAAUCUUUGUAUUCAUUGGUUCAAUGUUCUUUUUAAGUUUGUUUACAGGAGUUCUGUAUUCAAAUUUGAAAGAAAAUCAAUAGAAGAUUGAGAUGACUGAUGUCACUCAGUCCUAGAAGGAGUUCCAAGAGAUCUCUUCCAUAAUUAUUAAGGAUUUCCCUAUAUUUAGUUCACCUCCUACAAAUGGUAUUAGAAAAUUGGCAUCAGAUAUAACUAAUAAUUCUUACCUUUUGAUUUUCAUGUAUCUCUUGCUGAUACUCGAUCUAAUAAUUCUAUUAUUGUUUGAAUCAGAUAUGAGUGAAAGCUACUUCAGAGCUGUGAAUAAUGUUCAUAAUGCUUUGACUAUAAUCUAUGUGGUUUGGAUCAUCUUACUAUUUUUGGCAUUGGGAGUUGGUAGAUUUUUUGAUAAUUAUUGGAGAAGAUUUUAUUUCUUUUUGAUUCUCGUGGGCAUAAUUGAUUUUAUAGCUGAUUAUUCGAUUGAUUGGAUUAUGAUAUAUUAUAGAUCGACUCCUUAUGACAAGGCUUAUUAGAUAUUGAGGUUUUUCUUUUCGCUCCGGAGUUUAAGAGUGAUUAUUAUAUUCCAAGGAUUAAUAAAUUUGUAAAGAUUGAUGAGAGUGAUGGUGUUUGCAUUCCCUUUUUUAGGUAAGAUAUUUACGAUAUUGAUGAUUGCUAUGCUUAUUUUUGCUUUGAUUGGUUGCUAACUGUAUGGUUAAAUAGAUAGUGGAGCAGUGAUGGAUGAUUAAAUUAACUUCCAGAAUGUAGCUUAGGCAUUGUUGGCUUUAUUCAAAUGUGCGUCUGGAGAUGAUUGGAGAACAAUAAUGACAGAUACAAUGCAACACAAUCCUCUAUGUCUCGAUGAUCCUAAAUAUUGUGGAAGUGUUCACAAUCAAUAUUUCUUCUUCCUGUUUAUGCUCUUGUCUAAUUACGUAUUACUCAAUCUCUUUGUACUUGGAUUGAUUGAACAAUUUGAACAGUUCUUUUAAUUACAGAAUUCCUUGAUUCAAACCUAUGUGGAAAACAUCGACAAAAUUAAAACUGUAUGGUGCAAAUACUCCUCUGAGACUCAAGGACAAGCUAUGAAUUACAAGUUUUUAUGCAAGUUCCUGUUGGACAUUGGUAAACCCUUGGGAGGAGGGAGGGAGGAGAAUCUAUGGGAUGUGGCCAAAUUAGCAUCAAGUUUCAAGUUAUAAUGUGAUCAUUAUGGUUACAUCCAAUACAAUCAACUAAUAUAUGAACUGUUUAGAAGACGUUUUGUCAAUGAGGUCUUUAAGGAAGGAUCGGAGAGUUCGAUUGUCAAAAUUAAGCAAUUCAAUAAGGAAAUGCAAUUGAGACUAAUGUAUUAUAGGAAGAAUAGAUUGUUGGAGAGAUCAAACAUCAGUCCAAACAAAUAACUUAAAGCUAACUUUAACAUUUUGCAUGAUUAUUUGACUGUCUUGAUCCUAUUCAAAACUUGGGAGUCCUAUUCUAAAUUGAUCUUUUAAAAGAUCUGCAGAGAAAAUAACUUCUCAGACAGUGAUGAAAUUUCCAUUCAUAUUGACAAAAAGAACAAACAAAAUUUUAAUAAUUAUGAAUUUGACGAUGACUUUUCUGAAUCUGAUAAUAUGACACAAUAAUAGUUGAAUAACUAGAUAUCCUAAUAAUUUAAUAACUCAAUCAAUCAAAAUUUAAUUCUACAAAACAGCAGUAGUCUCUAAAGUGGUUCAAAGAAUCAUAUUAUUGGAAGUCUCAAGAAUACAAGUACAAGAAGAGUCUAGAGUUUCAGGAUUAAGAAGAAGGGCAAUCAAAAAAUCAACAUCAAUCCAUCAGAACCUCAAAACAAUGAAUAACUUAAACACUAUAAUACACUCAAAAGUCAGCAGUAGAUUGAUCAGGAUGAAAAAUUACCCUAUUAUAAAAACCAAUUUGAUUUGUCUCUUUAAAGUGACUACAAAGAAGGUACAUUAUUAAAUGCAAGAAGAAAUUAUUGA